AUGGCCGCGCCGAUAGCUCCAGUCACCGAUAUCGACCCGGAGUCCGACUUGUACCAGGACGCACUGUCCCAGGGAGCCAUUGCCACUGCCAAGUAUGAGAAGGAGGAGGACAUCUCCAAACACAUCAAAGACUUCUUUGAUGCCAAAUAUUCCCCCAAUUGGCACUGUGUAGUCGGCAGAGAUUUCGCAAACUGUUCUUCUUGCGAACACAAGACAAAUAUUUUCUUUUAUGUGGGGCAAACCGCCAUCCUACUGUACAAGCUCGGGUAG